AGCUUUUAGGCAGAUUCUUAACUAAACUAGUUUGUAAACAAACCUUGAUCAGGAUUCUGUAGUUGUAAUAUAUAUUUUUUUCUUCCCGGGGGUUAUCCCCAAUGGAAAGAAGUGAUUCGAGUUAGUUUGCUAUUUGUCCCGGUUAUCAUGGUCGUGAUACAAGAUUUGCCCAGAAAUUGUGACAAUAUGGACAAUGGCCCCCUAACGGAUGCAUAUAAAUGAGAUAGAAAAUUUGACCUUUUCCUCCCCCAUUUUGUAUUGAUACAGGCCUCAAAGAAUGGGGUAUGUUUAGCAAUUGUGCAACUGAAUUGUUCAGUCCUUUAGAAUUCAUCAAGAUUGUAUCCUCGGGCCAUGACCUUUGCACAAUUGUUACGGGUUGGCUAAAAUAAUUCAAUAAUCCAUCAUCUCCAUCAAAUGUGAAAGAUGGGAGAAUGGAUGAUGGUAUCAUGGUAGUAACUCAUUUAAGAAAAACAAAAAAAAAAAGGAAUUCAAUUAAUUGAUUUUGGUCGAAUGUACGCAUGCAUGCAUGCAAGAAUUGGAAAUGAGAUGGUGUGUAUAAUUCGGAAGUAGUAUUUGGGGUUUGCAUGCAAGCAGGAAUUUAUAUUGAUUGAUUCAACGUAAUGAAGCGAAACUAAUCAAAUGAUGCAUACAGAAUAUCAAACACUCAAAUGUAACGGAGAUUGAUUUAGAAUAUGCUUAGUUUAUAAAUAUGGUGUCGUUUUGGCGUUUCCCUACUCAUAGCACGUGUAAAAAUAAUAAUAGGUAAAAUACUGAGUACAGGCCUAAAGCCAACAUUCUCUGCGGCAACCUCUUUAUCAUGCCGAAAACGGUUGGCCUUUAAUUAGCACUUCCUCCUGCCCGGUGACCUCAAAAUGAAUGAAACCGAAUCGGAGAAGCAGACAAAACAAAAGCCCUGACAACACCAACAAAACAGCUGUGCAUACUACACACACCUGCACUGUCCCUGUCCGGCCGCUUUCGCUCUUUGUACGGACCCCCCAUAUCAUCCUCGACAUUCUAAACUCAGCUUAGACGCCCACUAUCGUGCCCAAUUUAUUCCCUCCCUCCGCGUGUCCCCCCUUCCCUUCGAGACAGAGACCCCUGUUACCUCCCCUCUUUAUAAACACAUUCCAUCAUCUCUCUCUCUCUCUCUCUCUCUCUCUCUCACAUAGAAACGGUACUGUACGUGUGAAUGAAAAUGGAGAGAGGCUUUGAUACUAGUUUCGCCGGCGGCGAGGGCUGUGAAGAUGGUAGCUUCAAUGCCAUGUUCUCCGGCGUCAGCCUUCAGUCACUUCUCACUGACAAUACCCUACUUCCUUUCUACGCUGACUACUUCCCCCCACUCGAAGAUGUGAACUGCUCCACGCCCACUACGACGUCCUUUCCUUUCUCCUUCUUCAGCGAGGAUUAUCCCAGCAGUCAUAACUGCCACCGACUUGGAGUUGGAGAAGCACACCUCAACUUCAACAACAACAAUGAAGAUUCGGAGGACAACAAGAAGCUCAAGCUCCCCAAAAGCGAACCCCUUCCCUACGAGCAGUUCGAUACCGAGUCGACUCACUCUCCGCCAUUCCAUUUCUUAACCAACUCACCAGUACCCUCUCAUGAUCAGCUCAAAUGCUCCUCAGUCUUCCCACACUUACCCUUCCUACAGUCACUCGAACACUCCCAUUCCCAACCCCAACCCCAACUAUAUCCUUCUGCGUCAGUCUUGCCAUCCAAACGCCUCAGACUCGACUCGACGACAACCACCAACUCCCAAACCCUAGAGUCAAUCGUUCAGAGCUGCUACCAUUACCACGUUCCCAACCUUAACCUCAACCUGAAUCCUCCUCCGGUCGUUCUCUCAUCCCAACCGGCGGUUAUGCCCCACAGCAAGCUGGCGAGCCGGCGGCGUCAGAAGGUGAGCGAGAAGACCCAGAGCUUGCGUAAGUUGAUGCCGUGGGACACCAAGAUGGACAUGGCCACCAUGCUCGAGGAGGCCCACAAGUAUGUGAAGUUCCUUCAGGCCCAACUCAAGGCCCUCCAGACCAUGCCCUCCUCCUCCUCAUUCUCGGCCUUCACGCCGGCCCAGAGUUUAUACAGCGGCGUGUUCGGAGGCCUGGGUAGGCUGACCCGGAACCAGAUUCUCCAGGUGCUGGUGAACUCCCCCGUGGCCCAGACCAUGCUCUACUCGCAAGGCUGCUGCGUGUUCGCCGCCGAGCAGAUGGCUUUGCUCGGGAAAAUUGCCGAGAGGAAGCUUCUUUUCCAGCAGCAGCAGAAUGUGGCAUUCAACCAUUCUUCAACUUCCAGUUCCAGGAGGUUCUUUCUUCCAUGAGCGAGCGAGGCGGCGCGUGUAACGCACUUGCUGUCACUUUCUUGGGUGGUUGCUGUUUUGGCGGAUAUUGCUCUGCUUCUGAGAGUUUAACAGUUUCAGGUCCCUUUCCUUUUCAUUUAGGACUUUUGGAUGUUUGGAUGUUCUUUUUUUCUUUUUUGUUUUGGUUUUUGGAUAGAGAACAAAGACAGUUAACUACAAGUAAA